GCGGGGGGAGCACAUGGAUGAAAAACUGCCAACCAUGGCCGAUUUUCUUGUGGCUUACGCCACUACUCCAGAUUACGUAGCAAUGCGAGACACUAAAACUGGCACUUGGUUUAUCCAAGGAAUAGCGUCAGUUUUUGCGAAAUAUGCCUGCACAGAAGACGCGGUGUCUCUGUUUGGCAAGGUCAAUGCUCACAUCGCAAAGCGGCAAACACGGGGAUUGGGUAUCAAACAGGUGUCCUCGUUUGAAAGCACACUAUUGAAGAAAGUUUAUUUCUUCCCAGGCCGCUAAACAAUAGGCCUAUGAUUGUUGUUUGUGCUAUUGAUAAAGGUUAUUUUUCUGUCAGUAAAAAAGAAAACGUUCAUGUU